AUGCAUCACUAUGAAGCCGCGUAUCAUCACGAGGGAGAACAACACAUGGAGGUUAGCAAAAAGGUAGCGAAACACACGGUGAGGAGGAAAUGGAGUGACAAUCCUAAUGGGUCUAUGCGGGAUAUCUAUUCGAAGGAUGGACAGGAAAAAAAGGAAAGUUGGAGGGAAGAACAACAUUGUAGGGGAGGUCAAAUGAACAGCCACACACCUCCGAACAGCAACGCUAUUGAUGCGAAACUGAGUAGCGGAAGGUGCCCGUUUCGCAAUUCCUAUGUCAACGUACUAUAUUUUAAAAAAUUAAAAUUAAAUAAAAAAUUGUUCGAAAAAAUGAAAAACAAACAUAUUGUCAUAUAUUUAAAGUAUAAAGAAACGACAUGCACAAGUAAAGACAUCCAAGUCACCGACUCGGAAAUAGCUAACUUAUAUUUGAGCUUUCUCGUUUGCGAACCGCUCGAAAAACAUGAAAAACAAAUCAUCAAAAUAUACAUAAAAUAUUUUAAAGACAAGAAAUAUAAAAUUCUUUCAUUUGGAUUUGUUGAAUUAAAUUCUCAGGAAUUCACAGAAAAGUUUUAUAAAAAAAAAAGCUACAUGUUAUGUUACGACAAGAAUAACAAUAAAUAUGUAUUUGGCUACUUCGUGUUGUUGUUGGCCAAUCAAAUAAAGUGGACCAUAUGCAACAGGAAAAUUUCUCAUGAGUUCAUUGACAAGUCUUACUUCAUUUGUGACAGAAAUAAUUAUGACCAUCAGAUUUUUUACAUUUGUAAAAAAAUUCAGAGUUUUUUAUUGCAAUCUGUUCGUUCCCGAGGGGGUAGUCAGGGGCACGCCUUUCAAAGCCGCGCCCUGCUCAAGCAUUUCGGCGUAGAAAAGGACGAGCCGCUAGAGAAAAACCUUUUUGAUUUAAUUCUAUGCAAAAAGGUGGAAAAUAUAUUAAACAACGAUGUAGACCAUUUUGUAGAGGAAGUCCAAUUUAUUCUUACACACUUAAAAAAAAGGAUCAUAAAAACAAAUGAAUUUUUUGGGGAGCAGCUAAAAAAUGGGUACCCUGAUGUUGAAGUGGUAACGAAAGACCACGUCGCAGAAAAGGGGGACAUGAAAAACGAAAGAGAUGAGGAUUUAAAAAAAAAAAAAUCCCCAUUGCGCAUCUCACAAAUGGUGAAAAACAAAGUGAACAGAAUUGACAAACAUUUAAGCAAACAGGAGAAGGACAUUUUUGUCGUGUACGAUGAUAUCGUAGAUAAUAUAAAAAAGGCACUAUCCCAGUUUUUGCAAGAGGGCACAACGUCACAUGAGCAGAAUUUAAAUAUUUCACGAAUGAAGUCGAUAAAUUUGGGGAAAAAAAAAAAGAAAAAAAAUUUACAAAGAAGAAAAGCCAAUCUCACUCACCUAAAAUGU